GAUCCGAGGAGGAGAGCAAGAGAGGUUGCGCGCGAGCGAGGCGUGUUUGACUCGACGCGGCUGUUACCUUACCGGUGGCGCUCUCUCUCUUUCGCUCUCUCUUCAGCGAACAAGCAACGAAGAAGCUCCCGUUUCUGUCGCGGUUUUCUCUCCAAAGUCGCCGUGGAUUUGACCUCCGAGCGACAGAGCGAGACGGAACCGCUGCCGCGUGUGAGGGGGAGGCUUUCUUCCUUCCUUUCCCGGGGUUCAUUGUUGUAAGCUGCCAUUGUGGAUUUGCCCCUGGUUCGAGCCGAAUGAUUGAAAGGCAGGGAGCACGUUUUUAUCAGUGUAUUUUGCUCAAAUACAACGCGAGAGGAGCAGCUUGGUGAAACAACGGAAAGAGCUGGUCCACACCCAGGCGAGGAUUACCUCUUGGCCGCCUUUGUGUCAACAGGCAGUUAGGACAAAGUUGAGACAACAUCCAUCAUCGCGUGCCAUUGUCUCUGGGCUCAGCAGCGGCGGCGACGACGGGGGGAACUGGGGAGGAGAAGCCCCACAUGAGCACAGGUUGGCCGGUGGGGUUACGGCAACAGUCACAGCGAUGGCCAACGAUUCAAUACAAAGUGACCCGGGUGGGCUGUCGGUACUGGAGCAACUGGGUCUGGACCAGAACUCAGACUUCUCUGACUCUAGCGUGCAGCAGCUUUUAGAUGAGCAACGAGAGAGGAUUCGCCGGGAGAUCCGCAAGGAGCUGAAGAUUAAAGAAGGAGCUGAGAACCUGCGCAGGGCCACCACAGACAAGAGGAACGCACAGCAGGUGGAUAGCCAGCUUCGUAGCUCCAAUCGCAAGCUAGAUAACCUUCACGCCCAGCUUCAAGAACUAGACGCUCACAUUGUGGUAAAGGGAGGAGAUGAGAACAAAGAUGAAUGUCCUCAGUCUCCUGGGUCAGAGAGCAGAACGUCAGCCCACAAGGAGCGCAUCACUGCCCUGGAGAGGCAGCUGAACAUUGAGCUCAAAGUCAAGCAAGGAGUUGAGAACAUGAUCCCUAUCUAUGCCAAUGGAUCCACAAAGGAUAAAAAGAUGCUGCAGACAGCCCAGCAGAUGCUGCAGGACAGUAAAACCAAAAUAGACAUCAUCCGCAUGCAAAUCCGUAAAGCCGUGCAGGCCACCGAGCACAAUGACGACACUCAAGGUAACAAUGACAUGUGUGGGGUGGAGCUGCGCAUCGAGGAGCUGAGGCAUCACUACAGAGUGGAGCAUGCUGUCGCUGAAGGAGCCAAAAAUGUGCUUCGGCUCCUGGGGACCAGCAAGGUUCAGGACAAGAAAGCUCUUUCUGAAGCACAGUCUCGACUGAGUGAGGCCUCUCAACGCUUGGACCUGCUGAGGGAUUCUCUGGACCACCGCCUAGCCGAGCUACCUGAGGACCACCCCAAGGCCAAUGUCAUCAAAGAGGAGAUGGUGCUGUCCUCCUCACCUGCCUUCAGCUCUCGCCACGGCGCCCCCUACAUACACAACCAGUACAGCACCCUCAACAAGCCCUCACCUCUCACUGGUACCUUGCAGGUGCAGCUGCUAGGCUGCGUGGGAUUGUUGGAGGUAGUCCCAGGGCGCAAUAAGGGAACUGCCGUCAUGUUACCCUGUUACAGCCCCGGUGAUACACGGUACUUCAUGAGGGGCAACAAGGGCCUCUAUGGUCGGAGUGGUUCGGUCAGUGGGAAAACGCCGAGCAAGACAGAGGAGCUUUCGUCUGAGGUGAGCGCUGUGCUUAAGCUGGAUAACACAGUGGUUGGCCAGACAGCUUGGAAGACUGUCGGGGAGCAGGCGUGGGACCAGACCUUCACUGUGGAGCUGGAGAGGUCGAGGGAGAUGGAGAUUGCAGUGUACUGGAAAGACUACCGCUCACUGUGUGCUGUGAAGUACUUGAAGCUAGAAGAGUUCCUGGACAAUCAGAAGCACACAGUUCAGCUAGAGCUUGAACCUCAAGGCUUGCUGCUGGCUGAGGUGACAUUCUUCAAUCCUGUUAUUGAGAGAGUUCCUCGUCUCCAAAGGCAAAAGAAGGUCUUUUCCAAACAGCAAGGCAAGGCGUUCCUUCGAGCUCGCCAAAUGAAUGUGGACAUCGGCACAUGGGUCAGGCUUCUCCGAAACGCCAUCCCCACCGUCAACAACUCUGGAACCUACAGCCCUAGCGCACACAACUUAACACUCAAUUCUGGGGAGAUCUCCGUGGAGAAGCUAAGUCUGGAUAGUGACUCUCCAAUAAAGGGUGAUUACAAGCGAGAUGCGGAAGUGCACACGCCGGACCGACCGCCAAUCAUCGAGCCCUUUACCCUCCCAGACCUCACCCCUGAGUGCCCUGUCCGAUCCCCGUCUGUCAGCAGUAGGCAGAGAAAAGGCCCUCUGUCCCUCCAAGACUUUAGGCUGAUAGCCGUGUUGGGACGAGGCCAUUUUGGGAAGGUGCUGUUGGCAGAGUUCAAGAAGACGGGCACAAUGUUCGCCAUUAAGGCUCUGAAGAAAGGUGACAUUAUAGCACGUGACGAAGUUGAAAGUCUGAUGUGUGAGAAGCGCAUCUUUGAGACUGUCAACAUGUCGCACCAUCCCUUCCUGGUCAACCUGUUUGCCUGCUUCCAGACACCAGAGCAUGUAUGUUUUGUCAUGGAGUACACAGCGGGAGGUGAUCUGAUGAUGCACAUCCACACCGACGUCUUCACUGAGCCACGGGCCGUGUUUUAUGCUGCUUGUGUGGUUCUUGGACUUCAGUUUUUGCAUGACCACAAGAUUGUGUACAGAGAUUUGAAGCUGGACAACCUGCUACUGGACACCGACGGCUAUGUGAAGAUUGCCGACUUUGGCUUAUGUAAAGAAGGCAUGGGUUACGGGGACCGCACUAGCACUUUUUGUGGGACGCCUGAGUUUUUAGCCCCCGAGGUCCUGACGGAUACAUCCUACACUAGAGCAGUAGAUUGGUGGGGACUAGGGGUCCUCAUCUACGAGAUGUUAGUAGGAGAGUCACCCUUCCCAGGGGAUGAUGAAGAAGAGGUGUUUGACAGCAUUGUAAAUGACGAAGUCCGCUACCCGCGCUUCCUCUCGACCGAAGCCAUCGGUAUCAUGAGACGGCUGCUAAGGCGGAACCCAGAGAGGCGACUGGGCUCCGGCGAGAAGGAUGCUGAGGAGGUGAAGAAGCAGCCAUUCUUCAGGAACAUGGACUGGGAGGCGCUGCUGCAGAGGAAGGUGCCUCCUCCCUUCAUCCCCUCCAUCGGUGACCGGGAAGACGUCAGCAACUUCGAUGAGGAGUUCACCACUGAGCAGCCGGCCCUGACGCCCCCCCGAGAGCCCCGUGUUCUCACACGCAAGGACCAGGACAGUUUCCUGGACUUUGACUACGUCUCGGACGUAUGCUAGUGAAGCGGGGAUGUCGUUUCGUGGCCCCCCAGAAUGAUUGUUUCGUUAAAACACUGUGAAUGAAUGUGGAUGACACUGAAGUUAUGGUAAUUUUCCACGUCUGUGAGCUUUUAUAAGCACAGGCUGAAGGAAAUUGGGUAAAUUAUUAGCGAGACAAAUACGAUAAAAUUCGACUCGCUGCCUCUCAUUUACGAUGCCUUACAUUUGUACUUGUAUCAAACACACGGACCAGUAAAGUUCUUAUGUUGUCUAGUCUUUGUAUAGUACAGGAAAGUUGACGAGAUGAGGUGCAAACAUAUUUGCCACUGUUUUUAUUUUUGUUUUUUAAGAAUUGAGAAAAUAUGACGUGUCAGAAGAGUGAAUCCACUAAUGACAAAUCCUCACGUUAAGCUGACUGGGAUUUGUCAACAGGGUAAACAACCACUGUCUAGACAUCAACACUGUUGACGUCUUCUAUUUAUGCUGUAUGGAUUUCAUUGGUGACGUCUUCACAGCAGCAUUUGGUGCAAACAGACUUUUGACUUUUGCAAUAUUCCAAAUACAAUGUUCAAACUAGGUUUUCAAUUGGAUUCAGUUGGCUAUACCGUUUGCAAUAAAAUGCCAAGCACAGUAGCACAUGGCACAAAUAUCAGCGCAACAUCUCUGUGGUUGUCAUUAAAAAUAUAUAUACGAACUCA